AUGAUGAAAAAGAAGAAAACGAAAAAGGAAAGCAGCGAUGUUGUGAACAAGGGGAAAGGGGAGGGGGGUAAUUCGCUGGGUCAUCUGGCAAAGGAGGAUAAGGAUGGGUACGCCGCCACGAGGGAGAUCACCCUGGAGGGUGAAAUAUCCUCGAUUGGGGAUUCCCCCAAAAGGGAGGCCGGCAACAUCAGCGUGGAGGGGGAUCCCCCCCAAAGGGUAAGCACCGCUGCCAGUGUGGCAUCCCCUUUGGAGAGGGUGCACCAGAUCGUCGGAGAAAGCCAAGAAUGCCGCAAAUACGGCGAAUCCUACGAAGAGGAAACGCUGCUCGGGGAGGGGGAAGAAGAAAUGAGCGACAUGUCGACGGACGAAAUGCUGAGCGGCAUGGAGAGUGACGAAGACGUCUCGGAGGAAGUGAAGCAGUUUAGCUCAGGAGGAGAACUCAUCUACAAGCAUUUUUAUAACGACGAAAUCAACGCGUUGUCGCAGGAGAUACAGGAGAAGGAAAGGCUGCUGGGAGAAGUUAAUAAGACAGUAUGGGUUUUAAAAAAUAGAUUUGUGAAGCUGGAAAAGCACAUCAAGAGCAAAAAGAAGGAAAUGGCAAAAAGGAAGAAACUGGUGGAGGAAAAGAAAAAAAUCGAGGAGGAAGAAAACGGAGCAUGUGUAAAUAUCCAAGCGAAGAACCAUUUUUUAACAAAACAAAAUGAAAAGCUAAAAUAUGAGAGGGAAAGAAACAACGAAAAGAUCAUCAGAACGCAGAACGACCUCAUGCAGUGUGACCACAGCAUAGAAGAAAUGAAGGAAAAAUUAAUCGACAAGGAAAAGGAACUAAAGGAAUGGACCCUUCAAAUUGAUAAGCUCCAAAAGGAGGAAUUCGAAGUGGAGAAGUUUGCCCUCUGUCAAGACAAAGAAAUUGAAAAUAUGUCCUACAAAUUGGAGAAGCUAAAUUUGGAAAGAGUGGAACAAGAAAAAAAAGUCAACACAAUGAAGACGAAGAAUAUGCAGCUACAAAUGGAGUUGCAAGCGAACAUAAAAGAAAAUGAACAAAUGGAAGAAGAAAAAAAAAAACUUCGAACCAAGUGCAAGUGUGUUGUGGACACUAUAAAUAACAGAGACCAAACGAUUUUCAAAUUUGAAGAGGAGUUCACCAGGUAUGCUAAGAAGAGGGAAAAACUAACGCAUAGUUGUAAGGCCAUAAAUGAACACAUCGAAACGCAGAGGGGGAAGAACCACCUACUGAGUGAUCAGCUAAAAAGGGAAGAAUCCAACUUAAGCAAACUAAAGAGGGAAGUGGGGAAAAUUCAAGAGGAAUUGAAGAAGGCAUAUGACGAGAGGGACAUUUUGAUCAAAGAUUUGGACUGCGAAAAAAUCACAACGAGGGAGAAGCUAGAAGAGAAAAAUAACCUCCAAGUGAGCCUCACCGGAUUGGAAAAGACACUUCAUAAGCUAACCCAAUCAUUUGAAGAGUCAAAAAGAGAAUACGCCAAGGAGGAACUAAACAGUGUAGAGAAGAACCAACUUAUCAAGUCGAGUGAGCAGAUACUAACCGAACAGAAUGGCAAACUAGCCAAACUGAGUUCAAAAAUAAAAGUGCUGGAUGAAGAAAAAUUCAAAUUGCAGGAAAAUUUACAAAAAAGCAAAAACGAAUACACCAUUUUGGAAGCAGAUAUGGUAGGCACACAAAUAAAAAUUAAGCAAAUGAAAAGUAAUAUAAAGAAGAUGGAACAAGAAUUGGAAAGGCAGAAGGAGAUCCUCUACAAAUUUGACUUCCAAACGCAGGUGCUAACGAAGAAACUUAAUGUUGCUUCCGGGAUUAGUACCUUUGAAAAAAAAAAAAAAAGUCAAAAAAAAAUAGACACUCUGGAAAAGGAGUUCACCAGGUAUGAAGAGAUUUACAACACACUUAACAACGAAAUGAAGCGGAUCAGUGUGGAGCUGAAAAAUAUAAAAAAUCAGCAGAUGUGCAUGAAGGAGGAGAAGGGGAACAUUUUGCAGGACACAGAAAAACUCGAACUUGAAAUUAAAUCUCUAGAAAGCAACGUCCUUACGCAGAAUAAAGAAAAAGAAAAUGUCAUGCUCAUCGAAAUGAACCUAAAAAUAGAGCUAGACAAAAUGAAGGAAAUCUUUUCCAACAAUUUAGAUAGCUUAAAUGUUCUGAAAAAAAAGAAAAAGGAAAAUGUCCAAAAUGAAAAGCUAAGCGAGCAAGACAUGAAUGCACACGUCGACUCGCUCAAGGUUAUCGUAAAGAACAUGAACGACGAACUGCAUAAGCUAAAUCUGCAAGUGCACGACAGGAAGAGUAGGUGCAACAAUUUGGAGCUCAAGCUGGACGCAAUCAACGUCCGCAGCGGGGAGGAGGAGUAUCAGCAGCGGGGGGAGGAGGAGGGUGGCCGACCCGACCGACCAGACGCUCAAGACAAUCAACACAUUCACUACAAAAUAAAGAUAGAGGAAGACAUUUCAAAGUUGAAGCAGGAGAUAGAGACCCUAGACGCACUCAUCGAAAAGGAAAACCAGCAGGUGGAGCAGUUCCAGAAGACGCUCAACGAGAUCAUUCAGACCAACAAAUCUUUUAGCGAAAAUAUAAAAUGCAUCGACCCGCAGUACAAAGAGCUUUUGAAAAAAAAGAACAAAUUGAAUAAAAAAUGUGACCAAAUUAAGGACGACAUCGCCUCCAUAGAGAAGCACAUAAGUGAGUACAAAAAAAAAAUCAACGGAGUGGAAAACGAGCUGAACGAUGUAAUAUCGGAUGUUAGAAGUGUGGAGGAUAAAGUCACCGCUUUGCAGGAAAAUAGCCGCAAAAUGGAGGGGACCAUCAACGACAUAUUCGUCAAAAUAGAGAGGGCCUCCAAUCAGCUGCGCGGCCUCGUUGGUGCCAAGAAGAAGCCGCUCAGCAGCCAGUUGGGCGCGUCCCAGAGCGACGACGAUGGGGAGGAUGCCCCAACUGGGGAAGCUACCCCAACGGGCGGAGGCGCAGAACAGCGCGCCGAGCAAGUCCCACUGGAAAAGAGAGUCUUCAAGCAAAUUCAAAUGGAGUCCCUAAAGGAGAAGCUCGCCCUCCUCUUUGAGUGCUUCCAAAGUCACGGCGAUAAUGCAGUCGUUCGUGAGAUUUACCACGUUAUAGAGGCCUCCGAAUGA